CACAAUCCCAGCCAAGCGCGCUAAAAGGAUGUCGAUGGUCGAAUCCAGCAGUGAUGUGUAGGGAAUGCCCUGCAUCAAAGGAUCGCGUCGACCAUGUCCAACUCUCGGAGCCAUCCCCGCCUCUUGGCCUCAGCCCAAGGGUGCAAGCAGGAGGGGAAAACAGCAACAAGAUGCUGUCCCCAGUCAUGUCGGACGCCGACAAACGUGGGUUUUGACUCGAGCCCUGCAGAAAAGAUGAGCUCUCUCGAAAUGGAGGGGGAAGAUUGGUGGAUUCGGGCUGGCUGAAUGCCCAAAUUCGCGAAUCAGGAUGAGUACCGUUGAGUGCCCUUGUGAAGUGUGCAGCUUUAAUAUCGAAGAAUUGGCUGGUGCUCAAACAGGACAUCUUGACUGGUCGAGCACUUGGAAAUAUUGUUUCCUCAAGCAGUGUCCACAAGGUGCCGGUAGCACAGGCACACAGCCUAGGCAGUCAACCAAGGACAUCCCCCAAAACACGACCAAUGAGCGCAACCACGCUUGUCCCUGAACAGGCUAAAGAGCACCAUCUCAAGAGAAGCAAUUCCCCAUGCCUCGGAUGAAACAACACAUGUGCUUACUUUCGUCAAUAACCAACCAAUGGGCGCAAUCCAACUCCAAUUACAUUCUGCACAGCUCCCCUGGGGAUGCGGGGGUGCAAUUUAAAUCGCAUUAGCGCGAGGGGGUCUCAUCCGGGGUAACAAUGGAUGAUCAAGCAGGGCGAGAUGGGCAGCGUGGAUCCCGAGAUAAAUUCGCGUCCCUGUCCAUCUUUCCCAGUUUUGAUUUCCCUUUCCCUGCGAGCCUGCGACGAGAAAUCCAUCCCUGCAGAAGCCUCACAGUUUCACAGUUUCACCUGCUGAUCGCCCUGCCUGCUCUUCUCCAAUCCCAUUGUUCAAUACCACCUGCACUACCUUGCAGAUCAAACACAAUGCGUUUCCACGUCCCCCUCGUCCUGGCCCUCUCGGCCCUCGCGCAAGCCACCCCGGUCGUCAAAGACUUUGUCAAGCGCGAUGGCGCCGCCGUCGUCGCAGCCGUCGCCACAAUCUCCGAAUCCAUGAUCGCCCUCAACUCCACCGUAACCGCAUACCGCGGCGGGAUCCUGGGUACCGGCCAAGCCCUGAAGAUCCAGUUCCAGGCGAUCGCACUCUCCAACGACGUCAAGCACGCCAUCUCCGUCGCCGAGGACUCGGCCAACUUUGACGACCCCGAGUCGAUUAAUGUCGCGGCUUCGUUCCUGGAUCUGCAGCCGAAUAUCGAUACCACGCUCGACAACUUUAUUCGCAAGAAGCCGCAGAUUGACACGGGGUUGCUGGGCAUUGGAUCCCUUGCGUUCCUUGUCAAGGCGAACUUGGAGAAUCUGAGGGAUUUGUCUGCGGAGCUGGGUGAUGUUGUUGUUCCAAAGCUUACGCCUCCCUAUGCGGCUCUUGCGCCGACGAUCCUGGCCCUUAUUACUGAUAAGUUUGAUGAGGCUAUUGAGGUCUUCUCCUCUUAGAACCAUUAUGUUCUACGAGGCGGAGCGGGGAUGGGGAGUUAAGCUGGAGCAGUUAAAGAAGGGUUGUACAUAUCCCUGUCAAUGGACAUAAUGACUGCCUACUUAUCGUACUAGCAUGGAGGUCCUCAGACUGCAAAGCUAGCCAGCACGUACUAGAAGUACCCUGCGUAAACCCGUCCCACGCAAUCAGCUACUUCCCCUCAAACAUCUUCCCCGUACUAACAUUAACUCGA